AUAAACCCAUUUGGUCUCUCUAUUUUCUCUAUCUCACUUCUUUUGGGACAUGUCCAUCAACCAUUUCUCUUCACAACUUCCUACAGAACCAUUAUUCUGGUAUAGCACAAAACAACACUACAAUUUCAUGGAAUCAACAAGCAAAUCCUCAUCUCCAAAUCACAAUAAUAUCAACCAAUUUGAAGAAACUGAAAUCCCAAAAGAACAUUUAUUCGAGAAACCAUUAACUCCUAGCGAUGUAGGGAAGCUCAACCGAUUAGUCAUCCCUAAACAAAACGCGGAAAAAUACUUCCCCCUUAACGGUUCCAUUAGUGACUCUGGUGACAAGGGAUUAUUACUGAGUUUCGAGGACGAAUUGGGUAAAUUAUGGAAAUUUAGAUAUUCAUAUUGGAAUAGUAGCCAGAGUUAUGUUUUAACUAAAGGAUGGAGUCGUUAUGUUAAGGAGAAAAAAUUAGAUGCUGGUGAUAUUGUUUUAUUUGAGCGACACCGGUUUGAUGGUGACCGACAGUUUAUUCGGUGGAGGAGGAGGAACGCCGCCGCUACAAUCACCGUUGCUCCGCCGGGUGGUGGUGGUGGGUGGGCCCAUCCUUAUCCAUCAGCAGGUGUUUCAUACCAACCUGGCUUUAUUCAUGCUGGAAGAGGAGUAAUGCACAACCAAACAACAACAAAUGGGAACAAUACAAGGAGACAAGUAAGGUUGUUUGGGGUGAACCUAGAGUGCGAGGUAGAUGAGUCGUGCUCAGAGCCAUCGACCCCAGAUGGCUCAUCAUCAUCGAGCCACCACCAACAAAGUCAUGAGUAUCAGGGUCAAGCUAGCCAACACUAUUACCAAUACCAAGUCCAUUAUUCCAAUCCUCAUGUUGUUCCUGCAGCUGCUUCCUAUAAUAGUGACAGUUACAACAACAUGCAGGCAACUUUCAAAAACUUGAAGCAAACUUCAAUGAACCAAAAGAUAUUUUGGAGAACAAAAAAAAAAAAAAAAAAAAGAGGAAGCAAUAUAGUCAACUUUGCUGCUCACUGCCAGAGUCAGACUUCUAUUUGGUAACCAAAUCAAACUCUGCGAGCUGGCAUACCAAAGACUUAUGUGGAUAUGGAUUACUCGAGAAAUGUCAACCAGAUGAGAUAUCACCAGGGAUAAGAUCUGUGGAUGUGACAUAAGGAUUCACUAUUAUGGGCCACUUGGAAAAUGGAAUAUCAAAAACAAGCAAUUAAAAGAAAAAGAAAACUAAAAAGGGAAAAAUCCCAGAUUUUCUGGCCGCCUGCUCGUCCCAGAAAGGUGAUGUAUGUCAACUUCAACAACUCCAAGUCCAGGGGAAAGUAAAUGGAAAAAAAAUAAAAAAUUGCAACUUUGAAAGAAACGUCAGUGUUUUGAGGUGUGAGGAGCUGAACAGUGGAGCAGAGGUGGGCCAUCCAAGUAUAGAUUGACGUAAACAAAGGCCCAAAUGGAAUAAUAUGGGCCGUUUGUAUACAAAAAUCUUGCCACCUAACUUGUUUGAUACUGAAACGUAGUUAUUGCUUGUUUGCAAGAAUUUAUAAAUAAACAUAGGAUGACAUCCUUAACAAGAAGUAUAGGAACCAAGAGGAAAUAUAAUGGAGAUUACAAGCGUUCACGGUUCAAUUUGAGUCGAUUUUGGAUAAGAUAAUAGUGUCUGUACCAAUGGGGUCGUUUGAUACACGAUAUAAGGUGGGAUAUUUCAGUAUUAAUUUUGGAAUUAAUUUUGCACCAUGUUUGAUAGAAGGUAUAAAUUUAUUCUGAGAUUAAUUUGUACCUUCUAUUAAAUAGAGUACAAAAUGAAGCCCAAACUUAAUGACGUAUAUUCACCUUAUUCCAUUAAUCUUGAAAUUUUAUCCUACCUCUUUGAUCUCUUCGAUGGGAUAAAUUAGUCUCAGAAUUAUAAUUUUGGGAUAAUUUAGUUUGCAUACCAAAAGAAGGUAGUGUCUUAGGAGUGCUAUUUGCCAUCUAUUCAAGGCAAGUUACAGUUUGAACGGCUUUUGCUUCACAUUUUUAGUCUAAUUCGAUGGAAGAAUUCCUUUUGUUCAACAGUGUGUUCAGUGUACGACUACAUAUGUUUUGAUGAUUCAUAUGAAAAAGAACAGUAGGAAAGA